GUGCCCCGCUGGGCAAAGGGAGCGCGCCGGCCCCUCCGGGCCACGGAGCACCGGCCCCGGGGGAGCCCAGCCCGGCUGAGCAUCCCCUGCCCCGGCCCCGUGUUGGCGGAGUGUCGGGCACUCCGCCGCGGGGAGGAGGAGGCGGCGGGGGCGCCGGGGCUGGCGGCGCGCGAUUGAUUGGAAACGGGGAAAAAACACCGGAGUGACAGGAGGGACACCGGGUGGCCUGAGAGAAGCGACGGCUCUUGCUACAGGGCUGCCAGCGCGGGAUGGAGACGCAGCCGCAGCCCUGAGCGGUGCUGCUGCCCCCGUCUGCGCCCAGCUGUGCCCAGCCCAGCGCCAUGAGCGGGUUCCUGUCGCGGCUGGACCCGCGGCGGGUGCCCUGGGGGGCGGCGGGCCAUGCCCUGCGCGCCCGCGUCCUGCGCACCAAGCCCGUGGAGUCCAUGCUGGAGGGCACGGGUGCCGCGGCCGCCCAGGGUGCCCGGCUGGCCAAGGUGCUCACCACGCUGGACCUCAUCUCCCUGGGCGUGGGGAGCUGCGUGGGCACCGGCAUGUACGUGGUGUCCGGCCUGGUGGCCAAGGAGAUGGCGGGGCCCGGCGUCAUCGUGUCCUUCAUCAUCGCUGCCGUCGCGUCCAUCUUGUCAGGUGUUUGCUACGCUGAGUUCGGCGUGCGCGUCCCCAAGACCACGGGCUCUGCCUACACCUACAGCUACGUGACCGUGGGGGAGUUUGUGGCGUUCUUCAUCGGCUGGAACCUGAUCCUGGAGUACCUGAUCGGGACAGCUGCAGGGGCCAGUGCCCUCAGCAGCAUGUUUGACUCGCUGGCCAACCACACCAUCAGCCGCUGGAUGAUCAGCAGCGUCGGCACGCUCAACGGCCUGGGGAAAGGAGAGGAGUCAUACCCUGACCUUCUUGCUCUGGUCAUUGCUGUCAUUGUCACCAUCAUUGUGGCCAUGGGGGUGAAGAACUCGGUGGGACUGAACAACGUGCUCAAUGUCAUUAACUUGGCAGUUUGGGUCUUCAUCAUGAUUGCUGGCCUGUUCUACAUCAAAAGUGACAACUGGGCUGAAGGGCAGUUCCUGCCAUUCGGAUGGCCAGGGGUGCUCAAGGGGGCUGCAACCUGUUUCUAUGCCUUCAUUGGCUUCGACAUCAUUGCUACUACAGGAGAGGAGGCCAAGAACCCCAACACCUCCAUCCCCUACGCCAUCACAGCCUCGCUCGUCACGUGCCUGACAGCUUAUGUGUCUGUGAGCAUGAUCCUCACGCUGAUGGUGCCCUAUGAUGCCAUCGACACCGAGUCCCCACUGAUGGAAAUGUUCGUGGUCCACGGCUUCUAUGCAGCCAAAUUCAUCGUUGCCAUCGGGUCCGUGGCUGGCCUCACUGUCAGCCUGCUGGGCUCCCUCUUCCCAAUGCCCAGAGUCAUUUAUGCCAUGGCUGGAGAUGGGCUGCUCUUCAGGUUUUUGUCCCACGUCAGCUCUUACACAGAAACCCCUAUCGUGGCUUGUAUCGUGUCUGGGUUCCUGGCAGCUCUGCUCUCCUUGCUGGUCAGCCUGAGGGACCUGAUUGAGAUGAUGUCCAUUGGCACCCUGCUCGCCUACACGCUGGUGUCCGUCUGCGUCCUGCUCCUCCGCUACCAGCCCGAGAGCGACAUCGACGGCUUCGUCAAAUUCCUCUCCGAGGAGCACACCAAGAAGAAGGAGGGCAUCCUGGCAGACUGUGAGAAGGAAGCCUGCUCUCCUGGCAGCGAAGGAGAGGAGUUCUCUGGCCCACCAACCAACACGUGUGGGGCAAAAAAUCUGCCGUCGCUGGGAGACAACGAGAUGCUAAUUGGGAAAUCCGAUAAAUCCGCCUACAAUGUGAAUCACCCCAACUAUGGCACCGUGGACAUGACCACGGGGAUAGAGGCAGAUGAGUCUGAGAACAUCUAUCUCAUCAAGCUGAAGAAGCUGAUCGGCCCUCGGUACUACACCAUGCGGAUCCACCUCGGGCUGCCGGGUAAAAUGGAUCGCCCGACGGCGGCCACCGGCCACACCGUCACCACCUGCGUGCUCCUGCUCUUCGUCCUCAUGUUCAUCUUCUGCUCCUUCAUCAUUUUUGGGUCAGACUACAUCUCUGAGCAGAGCUGGUGGGCUGUGCUCCUGGUGGUGCUGAUGGUCCUGCUCAUUGCUGUGCUGGUGUUUGUGAUCUUGCAGCAGCCAGAAAACCCCAAGAAGCUGCCCUACAUGGCCCCGUGUCUGCCCUUCGUGCCUGCCUUCGCCAUGCUGGUCAAUAUCUAUCUCAUGCUGAAGCUCUCCACUGUCACAUGGAUCCGAUUUGCCGUGUGGUGUUUUGUGGGUCUGCUCAUUUACUUUGGCUAUGGGAUGUGGAACAGCACGCUGGAGAUCAGCGCCCGGGAGGAGGCCCUGCACCAGAGCACCUACCAGCGCUACGACGUGGACGUCGACCCCUUCUCCGUGGACGACGGCUUCUCCUUCGCCCCCGAGGGCGAGAGCUACCCGGCCUGGGGUCCUUCUGAGGACAAGAGCUUCUCAUACCAGCAAAUGGCGGGCGCCAAGGAGAGCCAUCGGACAAGUGGCAGGUCGAAAAGCAAAGGCCGGCACAAACCGCCGUCGGAUGCUCUGAUCGCCAACGACGAGCUGGACUACUCGCCCGAGUAGCGGGACAGGCGAUGAGGAAGGGUCCCCGUGGCUCCCCUAUCCUGCCCCAUCCUCCCCGGGUCCUCCACCACUGCCCUGCUCACCUCUGGUACUCGGGACCCGCUCUGCGAUUGCCGCUGACCCCGAACCAAACCCGCCCAGCUCCGUGGCCUGUCCCAGCUCCACCAGUAGGGUCUGGCUCUGGUGAACGCUGGCUGAUCCCCCAGCACUGGCUGAUCUCCCAGCACCAGCUGCACCAGCGAGGCAGCGGAGUGGGAGAUGUGCCAAACCAGGAGGGUGUUGAGAGGUGGAAGGAGCCACAAGGGGGUACAAGUCAAAUUGUCCCUGGGGAAAGUCCACCCGAUGGCCGCAGCAGUGGGAUGCCACUCUAAA